CUCCGCACAAAGUGAUACAAAUACAAAGGAUUCUUGCGGAAAGUCCUAAAAACAUCACGGAGAGUGCAGAAAACUGGUGCUCUAGGUAGAAAGAAGAAACAUAGUUGGCAGGGAUUUCUGGUUUAAAUUUAGUCUGUUGACCAUGGGGAAAAUGGCCUGACCAUUUCAUAGGCUCAAGAAGAUCGGGACUGUUUUGUGAGCUAGAAAAGCAAAUGCCAUGAUUUGAUGAGCGCCUGUUGAUUCAUGACAGCCGAACAUUGAAAAGCAUUGGAUCAAUUGGGACGUUGACAUCUUGUCGUAACUUGUUGUAUGGACAGAGAAUAGUGUAGGAAGAAGCGUGAAGAAAACAUCAGCACAAGAAAUUUGGUUGGAAGUCUUCUGGGUUGUGACGAACAUCGAAGGAAGGAAAUGACUCUUGUAUCCCCUUCAUCGACGCUUCCAGAUGAAUGGCAGGAGCGGUCGACAUCGAGGAUCUCACUCAAACGGAACAAACCUCCGACUCUCACCUGCUACAUACCUCUUGUCAAGGUCGAUGACCCGCUGGUGGGGAGCUCGGAGACUGGCGACAAUGGCAAAGAGCAGGAAGAAUGGCCGGUGUUUCAUCGGAACAGCAUAGGAAGGAGCGAGAGCAGCUCGUCGUCAACGAGCUCCAGGACCAACACUGUGUCCUACUUUGCCAGGUGGGAUGAAGACAGAGGGCCGGGGUCGUUCAACCGGAUCACAGGAGUCCUUGAGAACGGAAGGGUCUUGAUAGAAGGUCACGAGUACGAGAGCCUGAAGGACUUCGUGGAUGACAUCCGCAAUGGUCAGCUCGCCUUCAGCCAUGGCGGCCAUGGCGAAGGGGAAGAGGGGCCAAGUUCUCUUGCCUGCACUCCCUCCCAUGGCCAUGGCGUCCCUCCAACCCCGAAGCGCAUGACGAGCUAUGCUGAGGCGCAUGCGAACAAGUUCUCCCUCGUCUUCUCGUGA